AGGGGCAAGGAGGAUCAGAGGAGUUACCGUGAUCCAUUGUUGUUCUCUCUCUCUCUAGAGUUCUUAUUUCCUCUCUCUAGAAUUUUCUAUCCGUUCAUCCCCCUCACAAAUUAGGGUUUUUGCGAAUCUUUUAUUGUCUGAAAUCGAAUCCAACGUUUCAGCCAUGGUUUCCGAUUCAAUCGCCGCCGUGCCGAUUCCCUCCGCCGCAAACACCAGGAACCCGGGGAAGAAGAAGAGGACCAACAGGUCCGCGAAAUUGAAGCAGUACAAAAUCGAUGCGCGCCGCGAGCAAUGGUUAUCUCAAGGUGCGGUGAAGAGCAAGGGGUACAAGGACGGUUUGGACGAUGACGGCCAUGCGCCGCCGUCUCCAGCGGAGGUGAAACACUCGGUGGAGCCUCUGAACACGAGGCGCAGAGGCGAAGAGGACGAUGGAUUGAUCCAUCACGACAGCGAUUCGGAGUCUCCAACCAACUGCCCUGCGGGCGUGUUGUGCGGCACCGAUUCGGGGACGAAUUUCACCGGCAGCAGUAGCGGCGGUAGCAGCAGUAGCAGCAGCAGCAGCAGUUCCAGCAGCGGCGGGUGCUGUUCCGGGAACGUCACCGAGGUGGAGGAAGAAGAGGAAGGUGAUGACGAUGACGAUGAUGAUGAUGGAUGUUUGGAUGAUUGGGAGGCUAUGGCUGAUGCUCUAGCAGCCGAUGACAAGCGCGAAAACCCUUGUCCAGAUUCGCCCCCAGUGGUUUCGCCUUCAGAGGGAUCCAAUUUAGGGUCUCCGAAUUCGAAACCCGAGAGUGGUAGAUUGUUUCCUUGGGGCUCUGGUAAUAGCAGAGCGUGGAGGGCAGAUGAUGCCUUUCGCCCUCAGAGUUUGCCCAAUUUGUCUAAGCAGCACAGUAUGCCAAAUCCUGAUCGGCGUGGGGUGCCUUGGGGACGCGCUCCCACCCCAUCCUCGUGCCCAAUUUGCUGUGAGGAUCUCGAUUUGACGGACACGAGUUUCAUGCCUUGUCUCUGUGGGUUUCGUCUUUGCCUCUUUUGCCACAAGAGGAUUCUCGAGGAGGAUGGGCGCUGCCCCGGUUGUAGGAAGCCCUAUGAGUGUGAGCCUGUUGAGACAGAGGCCAGUGUGCUUGGAGACAGCCUCACUCUUCGGUUGGCACGUUCUUGCAGCAUGAUCGAGAGGUCCUGAGCCCGCCCGCAGUCUGUCCUUUUUUUGUUGCGCUGUUGCAUCAUCGUCUGUAUUUUAGGGAAAUCUAAUUUUCAUAGGUUUAGUUGGCCUAGUGUUAUGAGGUUUUGGGCACCUUGAAAUCAAGUUGUAUCUCGUUUGAUCUUAUGGUGCAUGUGGUAAUGUAGAGUACUCUUGUUGGUAUGUGAAUACAUAAGGUGGUAUAGAAAUUCAAUACAUUUGAAAAUGGUUAGACAAAUUCUAAUGCCUCUAUAUUGAAUAUCAUUUUUAAUUGAACAUGCUCAUA